AUGGCGGGGCGAUUUCGAAUUUUCGAUGCCCUCGGUGACGUUCGCAUCGAAGCAACUUCUGCCCAUCACGCUUUGCGCUUCAUCGCCUCCGAUCCUCACCAAUUCUUCAGCAAACUCACAAUGCCUCCCAAGCGAAUCUACGGCGAAAAGGGCGGCCGCCGCGCCCCCAAAGGCUUCGUUGCCUCGACUUAUGAGACCUUGACCUCUGCCGAGAACGCCGCCUUUGUCCGCAGCAUCGCCAUCUUCGGAGCUGCCGUUACUUUCCUUUCUAGCUCUUGGGGCGAGAUCCUCCUGCCUCCGUACGACUCCCGAUAA